AUGUUGCAGAGGGGUACUGCCCACCAUACCAUGCUGCUGGAUUUCUGGCAUUGGAACCCAGUGGACUCUGAUCGCUGUCUUUCGCUUUAGUGUGAAGCCUUCUGUGCAGGGGGCUUGGCCCCCGGCUGGAGCCUGAUGAUGCAGGGACAGGCAGACUCUGGAGAGGACAAAUUUGAGGUCAACUUCAUAACUGACACUGGAGACAUCGCCUUCCAUGUCAAACCUCGAUUCUCUAGUGCCACUGUAGUAGCCUUCCAGGGUGGCUGCUGGGGACAAGAGGAGGUGUCCAGUGUCUUCCCGCUGGCUCUCAGGGAGCCCUUUGAGAUGGAGGUAAGUGCAGCUGCUGAACACUUCCAUAUCUACGCCCAAGAGCACAAGGUGUCACAGUUCCCACGCCGUCACCGGCCCCUGGCCACCGUUACCCGGGUUGUGCUGAGUGACCACAAGCUGGCCCAGGUGGAGCUAGCCAAGAGGAGCCUGAGCUGGGGGUAA